AUGUGGGUCCUUGUAUGCACAGCGUUGACAGCCGUCACCUUCACGUUGUUCUACUUGCGGAGACGGCAGCGAUUUUCCUUGUUCAAGAACACUGGAAUACCUGGUCCGGCACCUAGUCUGUUCACCGGAAACAUAUCUGAGCUCAUUGAAAAGGGAGCAGUGCGUUUGUUCGAAGAAUGGGUUAAUAAGUACGGAGACAUAGUAGGGUUUUACAAUGGAGUCACGCCCAUGCUUAUUGUAAAAGAUUUGGAUUUGAUCAUGAAGAUUCAGAUAAAGGAUUUCGGCAACUUUCACGGUAGGGGGGUCACAGCAAAAAUUCUCAGGGAACACCAAAAAAGCAAGCUCAAGUUAAUUUAUGUAGAUGGAGAUCGGUGGAAGGAGAUGAGAAGUCUCCUGACCCCCGCCUUCACCUCCAGCAACAUGAAAAAAAUCUCAAGUGUGAUGGACACCUGCACCGACGAGUUCAUGGAAGUUGUGGAUUCACUCAGUGACCAAGACAAGGCAUUCGAAAUGUGGCGGGUCUACCGAAAGCUUUCGGUGGACGUGAUCGUGAGAUCAGCCUUCGGAGUAGAAUCAAACCUUCAGAAAAAUCAAGGCAUUACCGGUCUGAGCGUGAUGCACGACCAAAUUUUGAACCACGAGUUCGAGAGUUUCAGGGGCUGGGUGCCGUUUCUCUUCAAUUGCUUUCCAGAGUUUUCCUUCAUAUGGAAGUUGUAUUUCACGUGGAGUAAAUUUUUUAUGAAGUUUCCCUUGGACAAAGUCAGUUUUGGCUUGACGCCAAUAAUCAACAUGCGGCGGUCUAACCCUGCGGCUCGUAGAGAAGACCUGUUGCAGCUCUUGCUGAAUGCAGAAACUGAAGAAGGGGCAGCUGUGAACGUCCACAAGCUCACAGUUGACUACGACGGCGACGUGUCUAAGCUCCUCGUUACACCCGAUGCCAAGGUGAGCGGUCGAAAGCGAAGGGUCCUAUCCAAUGCCGAGGUUGAGGCCAAUGCGCAAGUCUUCCUCAUCGCUGGCUCUGAAACAUCGGGCUUGGCUUUAACGUUCACCAGCUACCUGCUGGCCAAGUUCCAAGACGUCCAAGACAGACUAAGAAGCGAGAUAAAUGCCGUACUGGAGAGAGACGGAAGCUUUAACUACGACAACGUCUUCAGAAUACGCUACUUGGAUCAAGUUAUCUCGGAGUCGUUGAGGCUCUACCCCCCGGUCACCGGAUUCACCACGAGGACUUGCCAGCACGACUACGAAUACAAUGGGCUUAAGAUUCCUGCCGGAAUGAGUAUUCUGAUUCCACCGUAUCACCUUCACCGGGACCCGAACUUGUGGACUGAGCCGGAAAAGUUUGAUCCCGACAGAUUCAGUGCUGAGAACAAGAGAGGCCUAAACCCAAUGGCUUUUCAGCCUUUUGGUAACGGACCCCGAAAUUGUGUGGGAAUGCGCUUCGCCCAACUCGAGAUGAAACUGACCCUGGCAAAAAUGCUGUCCAAGUACAAGCUUCUGCUGGACGAAAGACAUGUCAAGGAGGAUUGUCUCAAUCUGGGAUCUACCUUGAUUUUCUGCUAUCCCCAAGAUGGGGUCUGGUUGAAGCUGGAGAAGAUCGGAAUGUCCUCUUAG